AUGGUCACCAUAAACUGCGCCUACACCGAACCCAUCAACCCACCCAACACAACCCCGGUCCUCACGCGCGACCAAGUCUGGAAAGGCCUCCAGCGCAAGAUCCGUCAAGCGCAGGACUUCGUCCCCGUCAUCAGUGGCUGUGACGUCCUCUCGGAAAAAGAAAACGAGGUCGUCCGCGAAGCACACUUCAAAGAACGCGAGGGAUAUCCCGCAAUGAGUGUGAAGGAGGUUUGUAAGAGUUAUUAUCCUACCAAGGUCGACUUCUGGCAACCUUCUGGCGCGCUCAUUACGAACACGAUAAGUGACGGGGAAAGCCUGGAGGAGAAGGAUAUGCAAAUGACGUAUACGUUUGAGUGGAGGUACCCUGAUGUUGCGGAGGGGAGUGAGGAGCAUUCGAAGCUGUGGAAGAGCAGUAGGGAGGGGGCGAAGAUGGCGGUGCACAGUAGCAUUGUGGCUAUGAGGGGAAUGGCCGAGAGGGGUGAGCUUAAUUAG